CCGGAAACCGAACUUUGUCUCGGAAAAUAACGAUCCGGAAAUAAAACGUUACGGUGAGAUCCUAAAGUGCAGGCGAGGAGACGGGAGGAGACGGGAGCUCAUGCAUAUUCAUUGUGCAGCGCACAAACGCGGCGUGUGAUUGGCCGAAGUGCGAGCGACGUCACUGAAUAUUCUGUUCUGUCCUCAGAUGACUCCCUCAGAGCAAAACGCUUACUCUGCACUUAGAUUAGACCAUGCAUUGGACAGCUCCUCUCACACGUGUUUACGUAUCUGAAAGUCUUGAAGUUAGCCAAUCAGCCAAUCACGUGACAGCAGCUCAGUGUAGGCCUACAAAAUCAUGAAGAGCUUCAGUCAGUGUUCACAUCUAACAUCAGGAUGGAGAAGACAUCUCAGUGAUCUCAGUGAUUCUGACAAUUCGAGUAUUUCAGAAACUGCUGAUCUGCUGGGAAUUUUACACACAGCAAUCUCGUAGAGUUACACAGAAAACAAACAAACAAACAAACAUCAGUGGGUGGAAACGCGUUACUGAUGAGAGAGGUGAGAGGAGAAUGAGCAGACUGCUCACCUGCAGCAACCGUGGUGAGCAGAAAAGCAUCUCAACACUUUGAACCUUCACGCAGAUGAACUGCAGGUGUACAGGUGUUCCCAAUAAAGUGGCUGGUCCUCCUCUCCUUGUGACCCCAUAACAGCUCGGACCCGUCGAGGCGUGGACUCCACAAGACCUCUGAAGGUGUGCUGUGGGAUCUGGCACCAAGACGUUAGCAGCAGGUCCUUUAAGUCCUGUAAGUUGUGAGGCGAGGUCUCCAUGGAUCGGACUUGUUUGUCCAGAACAUCCUACAUACAGUAUACUUGAUUAGAGAUGUGGGGAAUUUGGAGGCCGAGUCAACACCUUGAACUCUUUGUCAUGUUCCUCAGACCGUUCCUGAACUAUUUCUGCAGUGUGUCAGGGAGCGUUAUCCUGCUGGAAGAGACCACUGAUAUUAGGGGAUACCGCUGCCAUGAAGUGAUGUACUCGGUCUGCGACAGUGUUUAGGUAGGUGGGACGUGUCAAAGUAACAUCCACAUGAACGGCAGGACCCGAGGUUUCCCAGCAGAACAUUGCCCAGAGCAUCACACUGCCUCCGCCGCCUCGCCUUCUUCCCAUAGUGUAUCCUGGUGCCAUCUCUUCCCCAGGGGUGAUGGCCAGUAAAGCGGUGAAGGAGAAGCUGCAGAGGACCGUUUUAAAUCGUCAGAGUUUUAAACAAGCCGAGACUCAACGAGAGACGGCCCAUAUCUCUGAGCUGGACUCACAGCAUGAGCAACCAAACACACCUCCAUCUUCACAACAAAGAAGAAAGCAGCUGUGGAGAGCUGCCUCUGAAUUUGUUCUGAAGCACGAACGGAGAAGAUGUUCAUCCAGCAGGAAGGAUCCUCUUAACAACUCGUUCCCGAGCAGCAGUAACUCCCCCACAUGUCAGUGCUCUCCACCUUCAGAUCGGUCUGAUCUCACGUCACAGCUGUGGGACUACAGCGUACAGCCGUACUAUCAGUUUCAGGUGGAGAGGAACCCGAGCUUCAGUGUGCCGUUGAGGAUGUGGCCUCCUCUCACGGUCCCACAACAGAACCCGUUACACCACUCCAUCAUGCUGAAGACUGUGUAUGUGGACACAACCAUGUUUCCCCGGCCACACCUGCUCGUCCACCCGGGAGUGUGUUUCAGCGUGAGACUUCACAGGCCUUUAGAGAGAUGUCAGUCACAGCCUCUGAUCCACAGUCACCAACCGAGGGGAUUUGAUCAGCAUCACAGCUUCAGAGAUUCAGCGAGACCCACUCAUGAACGCCACCCAGAGGCAGAGGAGAGAACGGCAGUGCAGGAUGCAGGGAAAGUAAGGUUUAUGGUUGGAGAAGAGGUGUGUGACGAAUGCACAAGCAGUGAGUCGAGUUGCUCAUCACACCUUUACCCCAGCAAGUGGCAGCGCAGACCAGCUAUGAGAAAACACAGCAGAUCACUGACACACACCCUCUCCUGUCAGCCCGCCCACUUCCUACCUGACACUGUUGACUCCGCCUCUGACCACACCCAAAGCACAGGGCUGGUGUAUGAUCCACUGAUGCUGAUGCAGCAUUGUAUCUGUGACCCUAAGCAUGCUGGGAGAAUUCCACUGGUCUUUAACAGACUGCAGGAAUGUGGAGUCAGUGAUCAGUGUAAGUGGUUUAGAGGCAGACAGUGCAAUUUGGAGGUUGUACAGGUGCUUCAUCAGAACGGAGCGAAUCCUCUGAGUUGUCUGCAACCUUCAGUGAUGAUGGCAGCAGGCUGUGUAACAGAGCUAGUACUGCUCGUCGCACAGGGUCAGCUGAGGAAUGGGUUUGCAAUAGUACAACCACAUGGACAUGAUGCCUUACACUCAUCACCCAGUACAUCAGUGGCUACUUUUAGUUCAGUAGCAAUUGCCACUAAACAGCUCCAGAAAAAACAUAACAGAAAGAUUCUCAUUCUUGACUGGGAUGUUCAUCACUGUAAUAUAACUCAGGAGAUGUUCUACACAGACCCGAAUGUUCUCCACAUCUCUCUGCAUUGCAGCACUGUGAGAGGACGAGCUGAUGAAGUGGGCUUGGGUGAUGGAGAAGGUUUUAACGUCAAUGUGGAAUGGUCAUGUGACCUGGACCCACCCAUUGGAGACACGGAAUACUUGGCAGCGUUUAGGACCGUGAUCAAGCCCAUUGCCCAGCAGUUCUCCCCUGAUGUCAUCCUGAUUUCCACAGAGUUUAACACCGUCGACGGUCAUCCAGCGUCUCAUGGAGGACUGAGAGUAUCCGCGAAAUGUUUUGGGCUCCUCACUCAGAACCUGAUGGAACUCUCUGGAGGUCAUGUUGUGGUGGUGUUAGAGCAAGGUCAUGACAUCACAGCCGUGUGUGAGGCGUCUAAGGCGUGUGUUAAUGCUCUGUUAGAGAACCAGGUUGCGUCCCUGUCAGAUGAUGUCCUGAUGAAGAAGCCGUGUGCUGCAGCAGUUCAGUCUCUACACAGAGUUCUACAGAUCCACAGUCAGUACUGGUCGUCUGUGAGAGAUCUGACACACACCGUAGGCGAGUCGUGGUUACGGGCCGAGAGGAAAUAUUCAGUGCACACUGACACGGCCUCCGCCCUCGCUUCGCUCAGUGUGACCACCCCGAAAUACACCGGCUGUGAGGUCCUCAGGUUCUGCCGAGGAGGAACCGAGCCGGUGGAGCACGACGAGGACGAGGACAAACCGUGACCUUUCCGAGGGAAGACGAGACAACAGCCUUUACGUUGUUUUUAUGAUGUUUAUUUAUUUCUACACUUCUCCUUCGCUUUAAAGGACUUAUUAAAAAUAAUUUUAUCUGAAAUUAUUCAAACUUGGAAUUUAUCCAAGUUUUGCGUCAAGGACUAAAAAAAAUCCUAAAAAUAUGCUGAUUAAUUUGUGAAAUUUGUUUUAUUAUUUUUUUUUUAAAAAGAUUAAUUUGUACAUUUGCUUUAUUAUUAUAAUAAUUAUAAUGAUUGAUUUAUACUUAUUUCUCCUUUUAUAUAAAUACACACGACUGCACUUAAUUAUCAAUUUAGUGCACUCGUACCUUACCUGAUUCAAUAUUCAGCUUAAUUGAAAUUUUAAGAAAAAGAUCUGAAUUAUGAAAUUAGUUUGAUUUAUUUCUAUUUGAAGUAUCUGCACUUUCACGCACAUGAGUUCCAAAGUUGGAUCUGAUUUCCACUUUAUUAUUAUUAUUAUUUAUUUUUUUUUACAGUUUUUAAAAAUAGAAGUAACUGUAUGUGGACGUUUUAUUUUCUUUAGUAUUUUUUAAUGUCCAGAGUGCAGCUAGAGACAUUGUAAGUCUUUGAUAUAAUACUUUAAUGAUUUUAUUAAAUACAAUUUCACUUUUUAUUUCAAGUUCCUCGCAGGAAUUUUCACCUUUUUUAAAAGACCUUUAAAAGACGUCUGUAAGCGAGGUUGAAAUAUUACAAAUUUUAACCUUAAGGUGAGACAUGGAUAAAAACCUCCGUAAAGUUCUAGGCAGCAAAGGCUGAAAUCAUUUUUAUUCCUAAUUUUGUCUUUGUUUUCAUGACAUUACGUAGUGAUUUCUGACUCUAAAAACCCUUUUCUUUAAGUUGACCUACUCUCAUUUACUCUGAUCUAGUUUUUAGCUUUGACCUUCGCGUUGUAAAGUGACCUUGAGUGUCCUGAAAGGCAACCAUGAAUAAAAUGUCAUUACUAUUUCUACAGAAAAGUGCCAUGUUAAAAAAUAGUCUUGUUUACAUUUUGUUUUGUGACAUUGUGUGGAAUAAAGAUAUUUCAA